AUGCGUUCAUGGGCCAGUGCGCGCCGGCCAUUCGCAAGCGGCGCAAUCGGGGUCCGAGCCUGCCCCGCGGCGUGCGUCGCGCGUGUGCCGUGUGCAGCGCCACCGAAACGGUGCAGUGGAGGAGUGGCGCUGAUGGACGAGCAACAUUGUGCAACGCGUGCGGUCUGCGAUUCCGCCACACGAUGCGCAAGCACCGAGAGACACGGGAAGAAGAGGAACUCACCGACGACAACAAACACGUUGCGAGCAGCAGCACUGUGGCGAGAGGAGGCUGCAACUCGGAAGCUUCGCCACCACAGGAGCGAAGGAGGUCGUCCAUCUACAGCCUCCUCAACUGAUGCCACCAGCGUUCGGAAUGUGCUCCAUGCAUUCCACGUGGACGUGGCCUUUCCUUUGGCCCACGGACAGCACAGGCCACGUCAGCCUCGCCAGUAA